AUCGAUCGUAUGAGUUGAAUUCGCAGUAGCGAGCCAGCCUAUAUACAAAUAACACUACAACAGUGAUUUUUCGGAGGCUGGGUACACUUGUACAGUAAACACUAUGGAUGACCGAUUAAAGCUGAGCGAGGUAGCUCAUCUUAAUGUACCAGACAGGGAUCGUUCGAAGAGUCCCUCACCUGCGGAUUCUCUAGCAUCCUCUGCUACCGACAUAUCCAUGCUACCUAUAACUGGUAGAGGACAUAGAAAGGACGAAUAUGGUUUGACUAGCCACUUAGUUUUUGCCAUUGCAGCUGCUGCAUUGGGUUCUUCAUUCCAGCAUGGUUAUAAUACAGGUGUUGUCAAUGCUCCAGAAAAAUUGGUUCAAGAAUUCAUCAAUGAAACAUAUUCAGCAAGAUUUGGAGAGAGAGCAGAUAAACAAACUAUAACAAUAAUUUAUUCUAUUAUGGUCUCCAUUUUCUGCGUGGGUGGAAUGGCGGGUGCUCUAAUGACUGCAUAUAUAGCAGAGAAAUUUGGAAGAAAGAAGGGCUUGCUGUUAAAUAAUGUGUUUGUUUUUAUUGCUGCUGCUUUUAUGGGAUUUUCCAAGUUGUGCAGAUCAUAUGAAAUGCUCAUUUUCGGUCGUUUUUUUAUUGGUCUUAAUUCUGGUUUGAAUGCCGGUCUUGCUCCAAUGUAUUUAACAGAAAUAGCUCCUUUGCAUCUGAGAGGUGCGGUUGGUACAAUUUAUCAGCUAGUGGUUACCAUUUCAAUUCUUGUAUCACAGGUUCUUGGAUUACCUGAGAUUCUUGGAACAUCAGAUAGAUGGCCAUUUUUAUUUGCUAUGACAAUAGUACCAGCAAUCUUCAUGCUUGUCACAAUGCCACUUUGUCCUGAAUCCCCAAAAUAUAUACUCAUCACGCAAGGAAGGGAUGUUGCCGCACAAAAAUCUUUAACUUGGCUAAGAGGUACAAUUGAAGUACAUGAUGAGAUGGAUGAAAUGAGAGCAGAAUACGAAUCUAUGAAAUUAGUUCCAAAGGUAACACUGUAUGAGAUGUGGCAUAACCCGAGUCUUCGCCAACCACUCUUUAUAGCGGUUGCUGUGAUGUUAUCGCAACAAUUAUCUGGUAUUAAUGCUAUUAUUUUCUUUUCUACUGGAAUAUUUGGUGAUGCUGGAUUGAAAGAAGAUGAAGCACUCUAUGCUACUUUAGGUAUGGGUAGUAUCAAUGUAGUGAUGACAAUAGUUUCACUAAUUCUCGUGGAAAAGUCUGGAAGACGUACACUUCAUCUUGUUGGCUUAGCAGGAAUGUGUAUCUCAACUAUUUUAUUAACGCUCUGCCUGAAACUAAAGGAUGAAGCACACUGGUUAUCAUAUUUCAGCAUAGUAUUGGUUAUUUUCUUUGUGAUUAUGUUUGCUACUGGACCUGGUUCAAUUCCUUGGUUUCUUGUAACUGAAUUGUUUGGCCAUGGAGCUAGACCAAUUGCAACUAGUAUUGCUGUUGCAGUUAACUGGAGUGCUAAUUUUAUUGUUGGUCUUUGCUUUCUACCAUUAAAGAAUUUGAUAGGAGAAUAUAUCUUCCUCAUCUUCUCGGCACUUCUGGUGGUGUUUUUGAUCUUCACAUAUAAGAAAGUUCCUGAAACAAAGAAUAAGACUGCUGAAGAGAUUGCUGCAUUAUUUCGUCAAAAGGCCUAUCAAUGAGUUAUAAACACUAAUAUUGUGAUGUGUGUAUAAACAAGCAAUAGUGAUAGAAAAAACAUAUAUAUAAAUGCACAUUAUAGUGGGAGGGGAAACUGGGGAUCGUUUAAGAUGGACCAUGGACUUUGAAUUAUUUCAACAAAUUACCUUUUAAUGUGAUGCAAUAAGUUCCAUUUCAUGCAGCCACGAGACAAAUAUCAGCAAGUUUUACAUUCAACGGCUGCAUAAUAUACCACAGGGUACAGGACUGUCUGUGGGUAUGACCAGAUACGUAUAUGCCAUAUCUUAAGUGACAUUAGCUUUGCGCAUACCGUCCUGUAUUGGACACGCUAACGGAAACUGUGCCUCGCCCGUGACUUGUAUGUUCAUACAUUCACGUUGUUUAGGGUGCUUGUCACUGUGUGAAUAUAGAAUAUGUAAAUAAGUGGAAAAAGUAUAUAUUAUACAAAGUUUCUAAAGGCAUAUACCCUGCAAAAAUAGAAAAAUUAUAUCAAGAAAAUUUUAGAGAGAUUUUGUAAUCCAAGCACAAGGGUAACAAUUAAAUUUAAAAACCUAUUUAUAUUUUAAAAAUUACAGAUUUCUGUAAAUAAGAUAUUUAAAUGAAUAUAUAUAUAUAUAUAUAUAUAUACAAAGUCAUACCUGCUGCGUAUUGAUGUAUUCCUGGUAAUAAUUUUAGGCAGCUGAAAUUUAGAAUUAUACAAUUUAUUUUUAUCAUUUAAAAUUUUUUGUAGUUUAUUAUACUUGAGCUUUAGUCAUGCAAUUGUUUGUAAUUUAUAUUUAUUGAAAUUUGAUCACUUCAAAAUUGUUUAAUACUUGUUUAGUAAACUGUUUUUUAUUUAAGUAUUUGUUGAUAACUAUAUUAAAAUCAAAAUUCCGGACGAACGUCUGGAGCCAUAUACCACUGUCCAAUCCAUAAUCUGUUAAUAAUGACAUAGCGAUUUAGAAUUUUAAUUGGUGCUUUGAACAAUAAUAAUCAGAAUUCUGGGAUAAAAAUUCCACUACUUACUAGAAUUGUAUGUUUAUUGUGGAUAUGUUCAUUUUAGCCAUUCCAUAAAUUGUAUAUUAGAAAAAUACUUUAAUUAUUAGUGAAUCUACAUGAACAAUAUUUUCUUCCUGGUUAAACAAUGUAAUUUGAGACUGUAUGAUUUUAAAGCCUAAAAGGGUGUUUGCCAAAUAAGCUACCAUUUCAUAUCAACUAGAUCUGUUGUAAUUCAUCAUUGUAAAUAGUGUAACAUAAAUAUCAUUGAUAGUAAUAUGGAGUGCUCUUUUCAUCUUGUGGAGUUUGCUGUUUUAGUUUAUCUUCAAUAAUGUCAGAAAUAAGAAGAGCCAAAAUUUUACCUUCCUUUAUAUGGCUGUUGGAAACUGUUCGUACAAUUGAGAAUGAAUGUAAAAACAAUGUAAAUUGAAAGAAUAAAGUGAACAUAUUCGGUGAUAGUAA